UACACCUGGAGCUCCAUCAACGUCAAUUGACGCUUCCCUACUGGGCACAGGUUCCCAGAGCUGCUUCUCGCGACGGACCUUGCGAACCAAACACCACAAACCACAACCUCCACAAAAUGUUCGCCUUACGGAUGCGGGCGGUGGCCCAGGGCAUGCCUCGCCAACUUUCGAAGCGGUCGUUUACUGCUACUGCCCGGCAAUUGGAAUCCACGACGGUGCCCACCAAGGGCGACGAGAAAGUACCCCAGGUCACCGGUGGCCCUGCGCCCACUACUGUCCAGCAGGCGCCCAACCGCACCGAGGUUUGGUCGCGCACCCAGAGACCCCGUGCUGAUGCCAUGACUGGCCCUCGUUUCGAGCAGACGGAUCUUGAGAACCAGCCCCGCCCCUGGGCUGCUAUCGAGCUCAUCCACAAGGAGCCCGUCAGAUGGACGCACGACCGGGUCGUUGCCUGCGACGGUGGCGGUGGUCCUGCUGGACACCCCAAGGUUUACAUCAACUUGGACAAGGCUGAGAUUACGCCUUGCGGUUAUUGCGGCCUUCCUUUUGCCAACGAGCAUCACAGAAAGCACCUUGAGUCUCUCCCACAGACAUCUUAUCCCCUGGCUUAAAUGUAGACCAGAAAAGGGGACAUGGCGGGGUGAUGAGUUUGCGGGGUUGGUUGAGGCUCUGUACAUAUGUAACUUUGCCAAUAGAUGGCUUUCAGUUGCGCUUCAGAAUGUUGGACUGGGUGAUUUUCUUUUUCCAUUUUCACAAAGCAGGCAGAAGUCCCCGUGUGUUUGAGACAGUGCCAGGCUUACACUUC